AUGCACCAAAGUGUGCACACAAUGCCUUACGCUUACUAAUUUGGAUGUCAUGGAAUUUAGUUCAGGAGUCUCACCAUUUACAGGUAUCAACAUUUUGAUCAUCAAAUCAAAUAUAGAGAAAAGCACAAUUGGACAAAAAAAGCGUGUAGGGAAAAGACAAUUCAUUAUCAACGAUAAAACAUCCACCAGUGAAAUUCAUGGCAUAAUAUUUCGCCACAACCACAAACAUCCCACCAUCUCCAAGAUAAUGUGGACCAAUAUUCAUUUUAUCCUCCCAUCCUGAGGCAUCCCAUCUAGCCAUUGAUUAAAGAUGAACCAAAUCCAAUUGCGUAUGAUUCGGCCACCUCCAAUCAACUGAGACCCCUGAUGCUUCCAUGUCCUAAGCUCUAACCAUUGCACCCGACACCUCCUGGAUUCAGACUACAUACAACUGAGCCAUCAGAACCAACCCUUUAUUCACUUCCCCCAUAGAAACCCACCAUUACCAAUCCGUUCAAUCCCCACAUCUUUCUCCUGCUCAUCUUAGUUACUUAGUUUUUCUCAGCUACCAUGUUAGAAGGCAAAGCCAUAGUCAAGGAGACUGACAUGCUUCAAACAAUGCAGCAAAACGCACUUCAUUUGGCUGCAAAGGCUCUUGAUCUUUAUGAUGUUACCGAGUCUACUGAAAUAGCCCGAUUCAUAAAGAAGAAUUUCGACAAGACAUAUGGACCUGGAUGGCAAUGCAUUGUGGGGACAGAUUUUGGUUCAUUUGUGACACACUGCCAUGGCUGCUUCAUCUACUUUGGCAUUGGCAGUCUUGCAAUAAUGCUUUUCAGGGGUGUGGUAAAUCAAGCAGAUGAAGCAAACUUGUUUCCAAUCUUGGAGACUGUAAAGGCAUAGGCGCUGUUUCUUAUAUCCUUUAGGCUUUCCCAUUCUUCCUGGGUUGUAUUAAGAAAAGAAACUGCAAUGGAAGAACAAAUUUCAUGUCU